AUGAGAGUCAGUAUUUUAAAAUUUGUUUUUUUUUCAAUUAUUAUUUGUUUUUUUGAAUAUGUUAAAAAUUUAAUUAAAAUUAAUUACACACAUGUUAAUAAAUAUUUCAUUUCUUUUCAGGAAUUAUAUUAUAUAAAUGAGAGAAACAUAUAUCAUGAAAGGAAUAUAACAAAUUUUAGAAAUAAUAGGAUAUUAGGGGAUACAGAUAACCGAUUCGAUUUAAAUUAUUAUUAUGAAUCAACUUUGAGUCUUGCAAAUCAACUUAAUGAGUACAAUGAUGAUGAUGAAGAAAUAAAAUAUCUUCGAAAUAUUAUAGAUUCACAUGUAAAGAAGCAUAAAGAAAAUAAUACAUUACCCGAUUUAAAUAGUUUAGAUAAAAGAACUAAAAAGUUAAUUGAUGAACUUCACAAAGAAAUAGAAGAAACAAAAAAAGAGCUUGAUAAUAUAAAGAAUAAUAAAUUAGCAAUAGAACUGAUACAAAAUAAUCCUGUAUCAGAAGAAGACUUUAAACAAUUGAAAAAUGAAAGAAAUAUCGUGGGGACUGAGCAUUAUGGGGUCGAUUCAAAUAUCGAAAAUGAAUCAAAAACUAAGCGAAAGUUAACAAAAUUGACCAAAAAAUUAAUGGUGAGGGGGGUGUUGUUGACGCUGCUUGUUUUGUCGUUAUUGGUACCCGGAUUGAUUUAUUUUGUAUUUGUUAUUAUGAAUGUAGUUCUUUCAAUUGAAAUAAUUAUUGAAUGUUGUAAAUAUGUUAAAUUCUUUUUUAAAGAAUAUAAAUCAUACAAAAAAAAAAAAAAAUCAAGAUAG